GGCCCUUCUUUGCUCCUCCCUCCCACAGAGACGAAACAGCUCCUCGCUCGGCAUUUGGGCCCGCCAUAGAGGUGCCGAGGGGCAGAGCGCCCGGGCCAAUGGCGCUGUCUUAUUGACCGGAACUUCCGAGGUGAGCGUGCGGUGGCCGCUCUGGGCUUUCCCCGCCCCUUCUCUCUCGGCGGCGCCUGGACCUGUGAGGAGAAGCCGGAAGCCGCGGGACUCGGGGCGACUCGGGUCUCCGUCCCCCUCGCCUGCCUCUUCUCCAUGGCACCGGGCAGCGGGGGACCCGCCAGUCCCCGGAGCCGCCUCCGCAGCGGGACGGCAGCAGCAGCAGCGGCGACGGCGGAGCGGAGACGGCGCCGAGGAGACCGGUGACGCCGCCUCUGCCGCUCCCCCUGCGCCUCCUCCGGCCCGGCCUGGGCGCCUCCGCCAUGGGCUCCCUCUUCCGCAGCGAGACGAUGUGCCUGGCGCAGCUCUUCCUCCAGGCGGGCUCGGCCUACGAGUGCCUCAGCGCCCUGGGCGAGCGCGGCCUCGCCCACUUCCGAGACGUGAGUUGAGGCGACAAGAGGCGCGCGCCUUCAGCUGGUGGUUCAUGGAAUUUAUGCGCCGCUUGAUUGUCGGGGGGGGGGGCGUGCCGAGAAGAAACCCCUCAAAGCGGUUUACAAAAAAAACAGAACAAUGAAACUAUCACCCUUUUCCCCCCAACUUUUCGAGACUAAAAGCCCGUACAGGCUUUCUAAACACCUGGGCAGGUUUGUCUAAGUAACAACUUCUUCCUCCAUCAGGCCCGGAAAAGAAUGCAGCUUGUCUGGCUGUUAACCAGAAGGUUAGCGGUUCAAGCCCACCUAGUGACAGCUGCGGAUAGGAUUUCUGCCUUUUAGGAGGAUGGACAAGAUGACCAUUGUGGUCCCUUACAAUUCUGUGGUUCUGUGAAAGGUGCCUGCCUGAUAUCAAUAGGCAGGGAGUUCCAGAGCAUUGGUGCUGUCAUGCUAUAAACUGAUGUUUCUUGAACUUGGGUCCCUAGCUGUUGUUGGACUACAAUUCCCAUUAUCCCUGACCACUGGUCCUGCUAGCUAGGGAUGAAAGGACUUGGAGUCUAGCAACAUCUGGGAACCCAAGUUUGAGAAAGGCUGAAGUUGUGGAGCAGUCUUAAAAAGAAAUCAGGCAGCCCUGUGAAUAAGUGGAGAACAGGUGUGCCCCUUGCAGUUGACACUGGAGGCUCCAGCUCCUGUCAGCCUCAACCAGCAUGGCCAAAGCCUGCAGAUAGCGGUGAGUUGCCCAGAAAUAUUGGGAAGGCCACAUACUGUAGAGAUGGAGGGCAGGAUUCAGCUCCCAGCUCAGCCUUCAUGUGGGCUGAUUGCCGUCUCUCAGGCUUACUUACCUCACAGGAUUGUAGGGGAGCAUAGAAACAUAGGAAGCUGCCUUAAACUGACUCAAACCAUUGGCCCAUCUUGUGCAGUAUUGUCAUCACUGACUGGCAGCAACUCUCCAGGGUUUCGGAUAGGAACCUCUUCCCACAUCUUGAUCAUCUUGGCUGCCAUCCUCUGCACAUGUUCCAACUUGUCAAUAUCCUUCUUAAAUUGUGUUGCCCAGAAUUGGACACAGUAAUCCAGGUGUGCUGUGACGAAGGCAAAAUAGAGUGGGACUAUUACUUCCCUUGACCUGAACACUAGACUUUGGUUGAUGCAGCCUAGAAUAGUCUAGAAUAGCUGCAGCAUCACACUGUUGAUUCCUGUACUAUGGGCCAGCCAUCUUAUAUUUGGGCAGCUGGUUCUUUCUGCCUAAGUGUUGAAACUUAUAUUUGUCCCCGUUAAAAUUCAUUAUUUAAAUUUUGGUCCAGUUCUCCAAUCUUGUUAAGGUUACCUUCAAUCCCAAUUCUGUCUUCAGCGGCAUUGGCUACCCCUCCCAGUUUGGUGUCAUCUGCAAAUAAUAAUAAUAUUAAUAAUUUAUUAUUUCUACACUGCCCAUCUGGCUGGGUUUCCCCAGCCACUCUGGGGGGCUUCCAACAGAAGGUUAAAAUUACAAAAUUGAUUAGCAUCCCCUCAAUACCUUUAUCCAAAUUAUUUAUAAAGAUGGCCAAGAUCCAUUGUCUCGUCCAGCCAGUUCUGUAUGUGUGAGCCCAAUUUUUUUGUUCUCACAAGCCUUAUAACCCAAACAGUCUAGGAAAAAACGUUUAGUGCUCUAGUAUAACCUGGUGCUUAACUGGGAAUAGUGAAUGAUUUGCUGUUAUGCAUUGUAUUAGGGGGGCCCAUUGUGGGUUUUGUUGUUUAAUUGGGUCCUACUUUCCAACAUUUAGGAUGCUACCAUACAACAUUUCUUCCAUGCUGGUAAUAGGAAUGGCCAGGGUCCAAAACAUUUACUGAUUAACAGAAGUCGUUUGAGAAGUUCAUUAUUUCCUUGUCUUUAUUACAUUUGCUUAUUGGUUUUAUGACUCAGACAUUCUAGGCCUACCUUUAGAAGCUGGCGAACAGAAUAUGGAAUAAUCAUUUGCUUGACCCUUUGUUUUACAUCUGUCUUCCGGCAGUUUUACAGUAGAUACGCAAAAACCACUUUCUCACUGAAGCACUAAUAUCAGAUUAACACUUGAACUAGUUUCAGUUUGAGGCUUAAUAUAUAUUAAUAAAUACAGGCAAAUCCUCAUUUAUGUGCAUUGUUAUUUGUUCAUUCCUGUGCACCUGCACAGUGCUAGGUACCUGGAAGUGGUAGCUGGAAAUGGGGAGCACCUGGUCAACCAAGCCCCACUGUCCCUCCAGUUUGUGGGAGCUGGAGGUGUGGCGGAGCUGGCGCGUUGGUCAGCUGAGCCCCGCUAUCAGUCCAGCUCCUGUGAGUGUCAGCUGUCCCCGCACAUGUCAGCUGGGCCAGCUCUGCUGCCUCUCUGUCUUGCAUGAGCUGGAGGGACCAUGGGGCUUGUUUGAGGAGGACUCCUCAGAGUGCUCCCCAUUUUAUGUGAUUUUGUAUAUGUGCACAGGCCCAGAAUGGAAUGGGGACUCACCUGUAAGUUAAAAUUAAGUGCAUUGAUUUUACAAUCUUGUUUGGAGGAGUUGAUAAUCUUCACUAGCCUCCUUUUAACCAUAGUUUAUCAUACAAACUAUUUCCAGAGGGGUAGCUGUUAGCUUGCUGCACUUUAUAUUUAUACCACCAUAAACUUCGGUGUACCAGAGUCUGCAUCCUCAGUUGUUUUUUCAUUAAAAAAAUGUAUCGUGAUAUAUAAUAAUUAAGCACCAUAGAGAUUUUGUACUAUUUAACACUUAUAGCCCAAACAUCUACACAUGUUUACUAAUACUUCAGAAAGCCAAUUUUCAGACCUGGAAACUGAGCAUCCAUGUGGGUUUCCCUCAUGUUAGGGUUCAUUCACCUUUACAUGUAGAGAAAAUUAUUUAGCCCCUGGUUAUGUUGAUUGUGUUUUCUUACACUUUUGUGUGGUUCUAUGUUAGAGAAUUGUAAAUUAGUAGUGCAGUCUUAUAGAUGACUAUUCAUAUUGCAGCCUUCAUCAUUUUGUAAACAAAAGCUGAAUUCAGAAUUUAAAUACUAUAAUACACCCAUAUAUAGUAAGUAAACACAUAGUUUACUUUGGCCCUUUGGCCAGGAUUUAUACAACACAAAUAAUUUUUGUGUGCUUAAGGAGAGUUUGGGUUUCUCUUCCUUUAAUUAACAUAUCUCGGACGAUGGCACACAUAGGUUUUUGAGACUGAGAAUUUCAAAAGCAAUGCAAGGGAUCUGCUGUUCACAGAAAAGUGGUAUAAACUUGUAAUGUAGUACUAAUGCUUGGGUACCCUUCAAUUUUUGAAUGGAAUUUCUUCUAAAAGAAGAAAAGUAUUUUUAGCAGGAUUAGGGGUGAGGGAGGGUUAAUCUCAGAACUUGGAUGUUUGAUUGUGAACAUAAGAACAGCCCUGAGGGAUCAGGCCAAAUGCCCAUGACUCCAGCAUCGUGUUUCCAUGUGAGCCAACUGCAGGCCCACAGGAGGCCCACAAGGAGGACAUGGAUGCCACCACUCUCUCUCCACUCAUGAUUCCCAGCCACUGGCAUUCAGAAGCAUCCUGUCUCCAGCAGUGGAGGUGGAACAGAGGUGAAAAUAGAAUGGCUGUUGGGUACCCAGUUUCAGCUAUUUUUGUAAUACGUGUCUCUAGAAUUGAUUUUUGCAAACCAGGGAAUGGGAAUCUGGUACUCUCCAAAGUUAGUUAUUGGUAUGAGCUUUCAUGUGCAUGCACACAAAAACUCAUACCAAUAAUGAACUUAGUUGGUCUCUAAGGUGCUACUGGAAGGAAUUUUUUUUAUUUUGUUUCAACUACGGCAGACCAACACAGCUACCUACUUGUAACUGGUACCCUCCAGACAUUGAUGGACUCCAAUUCCCAUCAUCCCCUGGCAGCAUAGCUAAUGGUCCAGGAUUGUAGGCGUUGUGCUUCAGCAGCAUCUGGAGGGCCCCAGAUUCCCCACCCCUACUGUAAAUAUUGAUGCAAAGGGCUUUUAAGUUGGAUCCUGGGGCAAAUAACAUUUUUCUUUUUUCCAGCUCAAUCCAAGCACCAGUGUCUUCCAACGGAAAUAUGUGGGUGAAGUAAAGAAGUGUGAAGAGAUGGAAAGGAUACUUGGUAAACUUGGGAACUGCAGGGUGGCUGACUGCUUCUUCAUCAUGCAUUAAACACUGGGGGAGGGAGGCAUACCUGAUUACCCCGGCAAAAGGCUGUUCCUCUGUGGGGAGGUCCAUUUCAGGGUCACAUUUCACAUGUGUCAUAGAAUCAUAGAAUUGUAGACUUAGAAGAUGUUUCAAGGGUCACCUAUUCCAACCCCUUGCAAUGCAUGCAGGAAUCUCCAACCUCUGCUUAAAAAACUCUAGUGAAGGAGAGUCUACCACCUUCCAAAGGAGUCUGCUCCAUUACUGAAGAGUGCUUACCAUCAUAAAGUUCUUCCUUUCUUGUAACUUGAAUCCAUUGGUUUGGAUUCUACCCCCCAGAGCAGGAGAAAACAAGCUUGCUCCACCCUCCAUUUGACAGCCCCUCAUUUAUUUGAAGACAGGUAUUAUAUCUUAGUCUCCUCUUCUCCAGGCUAAACAUACCCAACUCCCUCCACCAAUCCUUAUAAGGCUUGGUUUCCAGACCCUUGCAUCAUCUUGGUCACCCUCCUGCACAUGUUCCAGCUUGCCUCUAUCCUUAAGCUGUGGUGCCCAGAACUGGACACAGCAUUCCAGGUGGGGUCUGACCAAGGCAGAAUAGAGACGCACUAUUAUUUCCCUUGAUCUGGACACUAUACUUCUAUUGAUGCAGCCUAGAAUAACAAUAGCUAUUUUGUGCUGCUUUUGGGGGGCUCAUAUUUCACUGAGAUAGGUGUGUAUUCUGUAAACUGAGUUUACUUAGGCAAGAAUAGUGGCUGAGGUCCAGGCCCAGUUCUUAUUACUUGAAGCCACCCUUGCUUCAGCUUUCAUGCUUAUUUCCCUUUCCAAAAAUCGGAGCUGUUGGUUCAUCGAUCAUUCCCCGCCCCCCUUGGCCUUUCAGGGAAAUGAGAUAAGCCUAUUAACAAACAAUGUGAUUAGAAGCUAUUUAAAUCCUUAGCAUUGCUGAAAGCAUUGCUCUGUGUUGCAAAUUGCAUUCUCAUGCUUUUAAACUGCUGGCUUAACACAGUUGUUUUACCAAGUGCUCAGAUUUUGAAAUUUGCUGUCAGGUGACUAUGUAAGUGACCCACCUUCAACAGCUUUGUCAAGUGUUAAAUCGCUCCAUGCAUGUAUUGCUCUUUACAUGAGGUUGCCCUUAAGUUGGAAACAUCAACUGGUUCAAAAUGCGGCUGCACGGAUGUUGAUAGGAGUAUGAUGAUCAGAUAACUAACACCUGCCCUGUGCGACUUAUUCUUGUAGCCAAUGGAUUGUAUCCAGACUAAAUAAAUUGCAUUUCAUUCCCAUUGAAAUCAGUGGGACUUAAUGGGACAUGUCAAUUAAUUAAGUCUCAUUGAUUUCAGUGAGGCAUAAGUGCAACAGUGGAUCCAAAACAAUUUCUUUUGGGGCUCAAAUUGAAGGGGUAAAUCUGACCUUUAAAGCUCUAAAAAGACCUUGAAGGGACCAAGGAGUUGGAAGGGACCCUGAGGGACAUCUAGUUCAACCCCCUGCAAUGCAUGGUGGGUAGAGAGACAGUUGCAAAGAAACAAUUGGAAACUUCAAAGUUUUCUUCCCUGUUUUUGACCUUCCUUUUUCAACAAGCCUUUUAAGUGGAGAUUUUUGUCCCAGUCUGUAUUUGUUUUGGAAUUGUUUUAUAUUUAAAUUCUUUUAAUUGUUUGUAUAUAUGUUCUUAUUACUUUGGGAACUUUCAUAGGAAGUGAUUAAUAAAGGCAAAUAAAUAAAUUAUUGAUGAUUUCUAGCUUGCAGCCUCUGCAAGGCAAGAAUUGAACACAUUCUACUGUACAUCUCAGUUCACAUGGUGUAACAUUGUGGCCUGACAGGCUUAUGGAGAGGCCUCCUUGAGCUUUGGGAGCCCUGGAAGGUAUUUAGCAUCCUCUGCAGUGCAGAGUAUUCCCAGAGCAGUAGCCAAAUGUGGCCAAGAGUUCCCCAAGGAUAAUAACCCUGAGAGUUGAAAAAAUUCCCCAUUCCCUAGCAAACCUUUCGUGGAACAAUAUUCCUUGAGUUAGAAUACUCCUUUGAAAGUAUUUCUUUCCUUUAUUCCAGGAUACCUUGUGCAAGAAAUUAAGAGAGCGGACAUUCCCCUACCAGAAGGAGAUGUUACCCCUGCUGCCCCUCCGUUUAAGCAGAUGCUGGAGAUUCAGGUACUUUGUGGAAUGGGGAUCUUCUGGAAUUAAAAGGUAGUCAUAGAUCCACUUAUUUUCCUUUAUUUUGGGCCAAUUGUGAGAGCUUGCAUGCUCGGAUUCCCAACUUUCCUUCAAGAAGCUCAUGAGUAGCAUUUUAAUCUUGUAACAACAACUGUGUGAAGCAGUUUAGGCUGAGGCACUGACUUGUUUGGGCCCAUCCAGUGAGCUUAGAGUCAUUGAAUAGAGAGUACAGAUCUUUCAUCUCGGUACAGAAUUAAAUCAAUAGUUGCCAAAGAAAUACUAAAUACCCUCUUCAUUUUGUGUGGUAAAUUGGGGCUUAGUGGGUUUUCUUCUGUUUGAGUCACAGUAGUGGGACUGAUUGGGAAUACCAGUGAGUUGUGGUGCCUACCUAUGAUAUAUGCGGUUGCCCAGAGCUUGCAAACAUCAUGAGGUGCAACUGGUUGACUGAAGGGGGCAGGCAGAGUCACAAAGGACUGGCCGCUUCAAAAGGCCAGAGAUGGAAGCCAGAGGCAGAGAAGAGGAAAGAGCAGUGCAGCGUUGCAGGAAGGGGAAAGACAGAGAGGAAGAAGGAAAAGCUGUAUACUUUAGGUAAGGGAAACAGACAGGAAUGAGUUUGAGAAGCAGACUAUUGUGAAGCUACCAUGGUGCAGCUACUAAACAAAUUUUACAUUAUGGAACUGAGACUCAAUCGAGAUUCAGAGUGACUAGCUAACUCCCCAGUGGUUUGACAUGACCCCCAAAGGUGUACUCCUCCAAUGUCUUGUGAAACAGAUGGAUGCCAACAAUAAGCUUAUUUCAGAAAGGAAUAUUGAGCCUUGAGGAUUUUGUACAGGAGACCCAGUGCUAGCCCAGCACUGUAACAAUUGCAUGACUGUCAUGGGACUUGUGGCCAUACAACAUCUGGAGCCAGAAUGGGAAUGCACUUUUGCCCUUGUAUUGCAGGAGCAGCUGCAGAAGUUGGAGGUGGAAUUGAGAGAAGUGACGAAAAAUAAAGAGAAGCUGAGGAAGAAUCUCCUUGAGCUGACGGAAUAUACCCACAUGCUACGGGUCACCCGGUCCUUUGUCAGAAGAACUGCUGAGGUACUGUUACCGUUGCAUGGCAAAGCUCCUUAACUUGGGUGUACAGAGGGGAGGCAGUGAGCCACAGGCCAGUUUCCGGGGCCCACCUAGUACCUGAUAAUGGCUGCAGGAUUCUUGCAGCAGUGGGCCUUGCUGCAGUCCUGUGAGGCACUGAAUGCCAUUGAAUGCAGGCAAAUGCAGUAGCCUUAAGCCUUGUUUCCCAUCUGUCUUGGUGAUCAUCACUCCCCUGUGAUUUGGGCACAGCCCUAGCACAUUUGAAGAAGCGUUUCCUUUCAUUUUUUUCUUUUUAGUUUGAGUCCUGUUUACUUACGAAUUAUGAAGAAUUCCCAACUUUAGAAACGGACCGCUUAGUCGACUACAACUGCAUGCAUAGACUUGGCGCCAAACUGGGGUAAGUGAUGAAAAAGUCUAUACAGUCAUACCUUGGAUCUGAAUGCCCUGCGAGUUGAAUGUUUUGGCUCCGAAUGGUGCAAACCGUCAUUCCGGUUUGCGAAUGUUCUUUGGAACCCAAAUGUCCGAUGCGGCUUCUGAUUGGCUGCAGGAACUUCCCGUAGCCAAUUGGAAGCCGUGCCUUGGUUUCCAGACGUUUUGGAAGUUGAAUGGAUUUGCGGAACGGAUUCUGUUCAUUGUCCGAGGUACAACUGGGCACUUAACUGUUAAUAAUCAUUUUGCAUUUAUAUGAAGAUGAAGACCUGACUGCUUCGAUGGUGCCACAGAUAUGGCAAAUUUUUGGAAUAAUUUAGCUCUUCUUUAGUCUUUCCCUUCUAGUGAGGAAGUGAGGCUGCAUUAAUCCUAUUCGUUUAUGUGUCAUGCAUGCGGGUGAGUGCUUGCUUGAGCAUAGUUUUAUGUAGUUAACCUGCCUACUCCAAAGUAAAUCCCAAUAACCUCAGUGGAUUUUACUCCCUAGUAAGUGAGUUCAGAUUUGCAGCCUAAAACCCGUUUCAGAGCUUCAAAUUGACAGUAUUAACACUUGGCACCAAUCAGUGUCAUGCUGAAUUGAGCUCUACAUGGUUUGAUAUUUGAUAGCCAAUUGUGUUUCCUUCAUGUGCCUAUUGUGUUUUUAAGUAAGGAGGAGAUUAGUAGAUUUUAAAAAUUGUUAUAAGUGCUGGAAUCUUGUAGCUCACUUGGUAUGACCUUGUGUAAUUUUAGUGGUUUCCAUGUGCACCUCAGUGGAAGAGGCAUUUUAGUUUACAGAUAAUCUGUGAAUGCCCAGCCCUUCCUAACUUCACUGGCAUGUAAUGAUAGAAUAUGGUAUCCUUUCUGGUCCGAAUGCUCAUGUAAUAAAAUUUAAAGUUUGCUCUAUAGUAUACUUUGUAUUUUUUCCAAUGUAGAUUUAUAUCUGGCUUAGUUCACCGAGCAAAAAUUGAAGCCUUUGAAAAAAUGCUGUGGCGAGUCUGCAAAGGAUAUACAAUUGUUUCUUAUUCAGAACUGGAUGAGUGCCUAGAAGAUCCAGAUACCGUGAGUAAUCAGGAUAGAUAAAUAAUGCAGCCUGUUUCUGAAGGUCGGUGCUGGAUCAGCCCACCUCCUCAUCUAAAUUAUACAUCUGCAUGCAAAGUAUAUGUGGCUACUUGGGUGUUAUGGCUGGAUCCAAAGCAAGUUCAUCACACUUGGAUCCUGUAGAAAUGUUGUAUUUAUUAUUUAAUAGUAUUUGUAUUCGGUUUUUUUAGCUGAAGAGGCUUCCAGACAGCUUACAAUAACUUAUCCCACUAUGUGAAAAGUGUGACUUGCUUACUCAAUAUCCAAACCAUAAUGUUUAACUGUGACUUGUUUUUCUAAACCAUGGUUAAGCUUUUAUGUCUGAAUAGCUAAAGCAUGUUUAAAGAUCAGCUACAAACCAGUACAGUAUAUGACAACAUGAUUUGAACUGGGUUUGAACUGAGUUACUUCUGCAAGAAGUAAACCAUGGCUGAAAAGUAGCUCUGAGGAAGAGAUUACAAACUUUCACAUCUGGUUUUGAAUAAAAUGCAAUGUGUUUCAUCUGAACCUUAAAGUAUGGUUAAUCUUAAUGAUGGCUUGUUGAAACAAGCUAACUUUGUAGCUCACAGUCUGAAGUUUCAAACAAACCAUAGUUAAGGGCAGUAUUUUUUUCUGAGGAUAGUCAAAGGCAGGGGUCGACAAGGUUUACCAUGCCUGGGCCAGUUCACUCCAGCGGAGAUCCCUCCGUGGGCUGGAUUGCGCACGCGUGAGUGUGUGCGCCUGCUAUUUUCGGCAUCUGCGCAGGUGCGAUUUCUGGCACUGCAGAAGCAAGUCCCUGUGCCAUGCUGCGCCGGUUUAGUGCAGCACAUGGGGAUUUGCCGAGCGGGCGGCUCGGUUUGGGGGCGACUUGUGGGCCGGUUAAACGACCCCCAUGGGCUGCUUGUGGCUCAUGGGCCUUAGGUUGCCUACCCCUUCUCAAGGGCAUGCCGUACCCGCCCCCAUGUUAAAUGUGUUGCACUUACUGUAACAACUUCAUGGUGAGUACCGGGACUUUUUUUCUUUAACAGAUAUUAAAAAGCACUAAUUAAAGGCUUAAGAUCAACUGACAAAGUGCAGUUAAUAAAGAAUGGAAAUGAAAGGUUCUGAACCCCUCCUCACAGCUAUGCCAGAGCUCAUUCCUGUCUUGGCAAAAAAUGGUUUCUUGUGAUAUUGUUCAAAUACGGGCACUAGGCGAAUGGGAGCAGUCUCAAUAAGGUUAGCCAUAAUUUUGCUGUUCAUUGGGGAUUUUAAGAGUUAAGCCUGUACCACAGCUUUGUGCAUGUGGAAUCUAUUCACAGAAUACAGAAAACCCCUAUCUACCCUUUUUGUGUAUCAAAAUUCAUUUUUAAAAGAAAUUGUGCAGUUGGUUCAAUAUGAGUGGUUAGUCAAUCACCAAUAAAGUGGAACUGUAGGCCAAAGUUUAAUUGAACAAUUUAUGUUUACUUUUCAGGGCGAACCUACCAAAUGGUUUGUUUUCUUAAUAUCUUAUUGGGGUGAACAGAUAGGCCAGAAAGUUAAGAAAAUAUGUGACUGGUAAGAAUUAACAUACUUUAAUUUGCUUUACUUUUUCCUACUGAGAUUUUUAUAUUUUGACCACUUUGUAAAAUAAUAACAGCAUCGGCAUUGGGAAACUGAGUGUGCACCUGAAAACAUGACUUUUGUGGCUACAUAUGUGCUUAUUAAUUGCAUUUGUAUCUUGCAUUUCUUCAGUGGCAGUAAGGUGACUUGCACAGGGUUCCCUGGAGGUUUCUUACUCAGGCAUUGAUCAGACCCAGGCCUGCCUAGCUUUAGUAAGGUGGCAGCAUACCAUAUUUAUGUGAAUCUAAUGCACACCUCAGUUUUCGAAACCUUGAAACCAAAAAAGUAUUUGCUAUGUUAGCAGUGUUUUUCAAGCCUGCAAUCAAAUCUAAUGCUCCAUCAAAUCUAAUGUGCACCCUAUGUUUUGUGAUGUAAUUUGGCCAAAAAUGGUGAGCAUUACGUUCAAUUAAAUACAGUAAUAUUGAUUUGACCAUAACCCUGAUCCUUACUGCAUACCUGCAAAUUAUUCUUGGCAAAAAGUCUUUAAGUAGAGUUUGUCUGCCAUUGUUGAACUUCUCAACCCGGAACCCUUGAUAAAACUUACAAGGCACCUUUGUUUCCUGGUACACAGUCUGACAGCUGCUGUGCUGAUCCAUUACCCUGGCAGACUUCUUCAGCUCUGUAUCCAAAGUUGGGGAAGGGCUGCAGCUCAGUGGUAGAGCAUCUGCCUUGCAUGCAGACGGUCCCAGGUUCAUUCCCUGGUGUUUCCAUGUUAGGGCUGGGAAAAGCUGCUGCCUGAAACCUGGGAGAGCUACUGCCAGCCAGAGUAGACAAUACUGAGAUAGAUAAACCAGCGUUCUUGACUCAAUAUAAAGCAGCUUCCUAUAUUCCAGAACUAUUUUAGGCUUUGUUUUUGUGUUGUUUUUGCAAGACCAGAUUAAGUUCCCACUGCUUUUGUUUUGCAGUUCUGCUCUUCUCUUCUUUGUUGGGCUCUUUUAUGUAGACUAUUUUUGUUUUUUUGCCAGCUACCAUUGCCAUGUCUACCCCUAUCCCAGCACCCCUGAGGAGCGCCGAACAGUUAUGGAAGGACUCCAGGUUCGCAUUCAGGAUCUUCAUAUGGUGAGUAGAAAAUUACUGGUGCACCUUGGAGGCACAAAUCGUCUCAUGGAAGAAGGUUAAUACAUAACCUACAGUUCUGAGUGCAUGUUUAAAAGGAAGAGGUUGGGCCAGCUUUCAACCAUAUGGACUUUAAUGUAAACGAGGGAUGAUCAGCUCCACUUUUUUUGCAGGUGUUGGCAACAGUGGCUCUGCUUUCUGGGAACUCUUUACAGUUUAUGAGCUGUUAUAUGUGUACUCAGGCAUAGGAUUUUACAUAUAAAAUGUGUAGAAAUCUAAAAGACAGACCUCUUCUAUUCAUCACCUGACACCUGUUGUAGCUACCGCACUCUUCCAUUCUAUCAAAGGUCAUUCCUACCUGUUUGGUCCCCUCCCUUUGCCUUUUAAAGUGCAUUUCCCCUCCUCUUUCUAUGUAGUUUCUCGGAGCAAAUAAAAAGGGCGAUACUUUAUUUGAUAAAAAAUAAACUGAUUGGGGGAAAAAUCUUGGUUGUAUGGCUUGGAGAAAAGAAGACACUUCCCCAACUGCCUGGAAAGAAAUUGGUUGCCAUCUGCGCUCUCUCCCUCGCUCUGUGUGUGUGUGUGUGUGUGUGUGUGUGUGUGUAAGAGAGAGUGAAAGCAUGUGUAUAAACUCAAGCCAGAAUAUAAUUACUUGCUUUCCAGUAGCUGUACUUGUCUGUUGUACUAAGAAAAUAAUUUCUCUUGAGACCCAUCCAACCCAGUGGGACUCACUUCUGGGUAGAUCUGCAGAGGCUCUCUGAAAAUUCUGCUGGUUCCUAACAAAGGGCCAGCUAGACAGGUGCAGCUUUGUAGUCUCAGUGUGUGGAUGAGACAGUGGUGUUGGGAGGAGUGGUUCGGGUUUGUUAGAUAUUGGAUAACUUUCCGAUACAAGGCGGGCCAGUGCAAAAUGGAUGGGCUCCACUUGAGCUGGGAUGGAACCAGACUGCAGGCUUCCCACAGGCAUCUGACUGGCCAUGAUGAUAACAGGGUCCUGGACUAGAUGGGCCAUUGGGCUGCUCCACUUGGUUUGUCUUACAUUUGUGUGUUGGCAGUUCAAACUGGAGGUAGGCAUGUGGGUGAACUGUAGCAGGGCGGCCUUUAUUCUGGAGUAGUUAAUCCAGAAACAGGGGGGGCCCAACCAAUUUUACCCGAGGGAAUGUGCCCCUUGAUGGAAAGACUGUACAACCCUACUCUAUUUCUUACAACUUGAAAGCAUUUUUAGUUGGGCCGCCUGAAGCCAGAUGGAAUAGCUUUUGAGCUGCCAGUAGAUAAAAUCAAUACUGAAAGACCUAUGUGAGUAUAGCUAGCGAGGGCAGUUGUGUGAACUUUGUAUAAAGUUGCCCUGAUCGUUCAGUGUUCUUGUUAUAGUUUUAAAUAUUUUUCUAAAAACAACCACAAAGGUACUGCAUAAAACUGAAGAUUAUUUACGGCAAGUUUUAUGCAAGGCGUCUGAGUCUAUCUACACCUGGGAUGUCCAAGUGAAGAAGAUGAAAGCCAUUUACCACGUGCUGAAUCUCUGCAGCUUUGAUGUCACCAACAAAUGCCUGAUUGCUGAGGUCUGGUGCCCAGUGGCUGACCUGCCAAACAUGCGCCGAGCCCUCGAGGAAGGAUCUGUAAGUGAUUUAAAUUUUAGUUUGCUUUAUUUAUUUUUAUACCACUUAAUUAUUAACAUUUCUAAUCAAUGUACGUAAAAACAAUGCACAGAAAAUGGGACAAUAAAAUUUAUCAUAAAACCCUCUUAAAGUGCCUGCUGGAGUAAAAAGGUCUGCAUCAUGUGCCUGACGUUCAGCAAGGAGACUGUCUUCAUCUCAGCAGGGAGGGAGCGGGCUUGGGACCCACUGCACUGUGCUGAAUGUACUGAAUGGUAGGAGAGAAUGUUGCACUGGCAGCAUGUAGCAUUCAGGGUUUUCAGUAUGAAUGAUAAAUUACAUGCAUUUCUUUAUAAAUAGAAGGGAGGAGGCUCUGAGUUGCGUGGAUAAUGAAACUCAGUGCCUUGCAUGAACAGGUUAUGGCUGAAGUUCAGCAAACAGCAAGGCUUUCUGAGGAUUAUCUGUAGACCUCUGUGGACAUCAGGUGAGGUGGAAGGCUGGAGUUGCACAGGCUCGCCCUGGCUGACAUACAUACAUUUGGAUCUCAUGGUUACAGAGGAGGGGUUUGCACACCUAGUUCUGAAGCAUGUACUCUAGCAUGUGAAUGACAUGGAGAGUUUUGUAUGUGUACAUCAUCAGAGCUGGGGUGGCUCAAGUCUGACUCUGCGCAUCCCCACCCCAUUUCUGCUCAUGCUCAUUGUCUGGAUAACAGAAUGUGGAAAUCAGUGUUAUUUUUCCAGCGUCUCAAAAAAUGAUACAGGUCUCCUUUUUUAAAUUCUGUAACCAGAGUGAAAGUGGAGCGUCUGUCCCUUCGUUCAUGAACACGAUACCAACAAAAGAAACGCCUCCAACUUUGAUACGUACCAAUAAAUUCACCUCUGGAUUCCAGGACAUUGUUGAUGCUUAUGGGAUUGGGAGCUACAGGGAAGUUAAUCCAGGUGGGUCAUGGAUUGAAAGAUACUUAUUGAGAAGCAGGAUUUAUUUUUUCUCCUUUGUUAGGAAUGGUUGCAGGAGUUUCUUAAGAAAUCUUUAUAAGGCAUGGAAAAGUGUCUGCUAUUUAACACUUGUUAGCAACAAUGGUUUGUCGUGUGCUGCAGAGUGCAUAAGAGCGCAAAGUAAAUUCAGCUGGUUACACAUCCAGGUGGACAGAGGGGAGAUGCCCCCUGGGCAGCAGAUGAGCAGAGUAGACUGGGAUAGGGGAGAACUAGAUUGCAUUUGGCACGUCAGAGCAGACCCACUGAAAUCAACAAGCUUGACAUAUAGCCUAAGAGAGUGUGUCAAAAAUGUUCAUGGAAAGGCCGGGUUUGGGGGGGAACAUGGAAGAGCAGAGCGGUGGCUGGAUUAUGCUUUUCCUCCCUUCUUUCAAGGGCCAAAAUGAGCCAAAUUCUGGCACUUUCAAACAAUGACUUAGAGUAAGCUAGCAUAGGCAGCUUAUGGAUGCUAUGCAUUAUGUAUAGUUGCUUAUAAAGCUGAAAUUUUGUCCCUCUCAUUUUGCAGCUCUCUUCACCAUCAUCACCUUUCCCUUCUUAUUUGCUGUGAUGUUUGGAGAUUGUGGACAUGGUUUCAUAAUGUUCCUGUUUGCUUUGUUCAUGGUAUUAUAUGAAAAACACCCCAAACUUCUGCGAUCACAAGACGAGGUACAGAUGAAAUCUUCUUCUUCUUCCUCUUCUUCUUCUUCUUCUUCCUCUUUUUCUUCUUCUUCUUCUUCUUCUUCUUCUUCUUCUUCUUCUUCUUCUUCUUCUUCUUCCCUUCCUCCUCCUCCUCCUCCUCCUCUAGUAUUGUUUUCAAUAUUUCUGUUUCUGUAAACGGCCCCUUAGUUCUCCCCCCCCCCUGGAGUUUUUCCUGUGUAUCUGCCACAUAGAAGGGGGAAUUCUUUAAGGCAGAAUUGAGCAGCCUGCGUCCCUGCAGACCAUGCUGAACUUCCAAUUUCUGGCAGCCUGGCCACUAGUCAGGGAUGGUGGAAGCUGGAACUUGAAUUGCAUCUUGCGAAGGGCCCGCAGAUCCUGAUGCACUGCAGCUCCCAUCAGCCCCGGCAGCAUGGCCAGUGGUCAGGACUGGGUCAGGAAUGAUGGGAGUGUAGUCCAAAAACAUUGCAGAAAGCCCUCCAGUUGUUUUUGGACAACUGAUCGUCCUGAUCAUUAGCCAAGCUGCCUGGGGUGGAUGGAGCUGCAGUGCAUCAUUAGCUCCUUUUUUCUCUUGUUGACUUGGGCAAGGGAGGGCAAAUCAUUCAUCCAUUGUUGUAUGGAAGGUGACAACUUUUUCUAGUGUGGAAGCGCCAUGUGUUGCACUUACCCAAAGGCAUGCAUAAACUGAUGGUAAAUUCUAAAUAGCAGAGAUGUAAUUCAGCAAAUCCUCAUGCCUCGCUUGUCAUCUUCCUGGGGGCAUCUGGCUGACCACUUUUGGAAGCUGAAUGCAUCCAGCAGAGCAGUUUCUUAUAUUUUUAUGCACAAAGCACACUGCAUCCUUACUAAGAUUGGCUGCUUCUGCUGAAUUUCUAGCACACAUUGUGGGAAUUGUGAAUUGUGGCGUAUCUGGACACUGCACCACAUCAAAUACAUUCUUUGGAAGUGCAUCAAAGCUUUUGUGUGCUGCACAUGUAACAAAGGGUCUUAUCUUUGAAGUUCACAUGGCAGUCAGUGGGCCUGUCCUUUUUAACAUUUGCAGAUCAUGAAGAUGUUUUUUCAAGGACGAUACAUCAUCUUGCUGAUGGGACUGUUUUCUGUAUACACUGGCCUGAUCUACAAUGACUGUUUUUCAAAGUCUUUGAAUAUAUUUGACUCCUACUGGAACGUUUCCCAAAUGUUUGCUGUGGAGUGGCGGUGAGUGACUCCUUUGUUAAACCCAGUGCGGUGUGAAAGCAACCUACUGAAUUGAGAUAGGAAGCUCAGAGGUAUCUCUCACCACUUGUGCAGUGUCCUAAACCUGUCACAGCAUACUUUUCACUCAUUCUACAGCCGGGGUCAGUAAACUUUUUCAGCAGGCGGCCAGUCCACUGUCCCUCAAACCUUGUGGGGGGCCAGUCUAUAUUUUGAAAAAAAGAAGGGAAAAAAAGAAUGAAUUCCUAUGCCCCACAAAUAACCCAGAGAUGCAUUUUAAAUAAAAGAACACAUUCUACUCAUGUAAAAAUACCAGGCAGGCCCCACAAAUAACCCAGAGGUGCAUUUUAAAUAAAAGGACACAUUCUACUCAUGUAAAAACAUGCUGAUUCCUGGACUGUCCGCAAGCCGGAUUUAGAAGGCGAUUGAGCCAGUCCGGCCCCUGGGCCUUAGUUUGCCUACCCAUGUUCUACGGUAAAUGAAAUGUGCCUCCAGUUCCUGCCAUUUUCAUGAUUAAUUUUUUUAGUCUUUCAGUUCAAUUAUGAAGUAUCUUUUGUGGUGUGCAGAAUAAUAAAUGGCUUACUGGAAAGCAACAGCCAGUAACUGCCAUUCUAAAAUAUUGUGGUAGCUUUUCUCAAUCAUUUAAUGAGAGGGAUAUGUCCUUCACUUGAAGGACAUAUUUACUAGCUACCUGUAUGGUUGUUGGUGGUGCCACCACCAGGGGCUGCUCUGUUGGUAUUGACCUGUGACAGGGCCUUUUCAGUGGCCAUCCCGUGGUUGUGGAAUGCUCUCCCAGGUGAGGUGUGUAUUUCUCCCUCACGAUUGACUUCCAGGUGAUUUUUUCUUUUUAAUUCCUGGGAAGGUUGCACAAGGCCUCUGGAAGGCUGUAAAUACUGAGUUGGACUAUUGUUCCAUGUAGCUAACCAUUGUGUACAGUGACUGACUGGCAGGAUUUCCGAUGGGAGGGUUCCCCAGCCCUACCUGCAAGAUGUCACAAGAUCCUUGUAGGAUCUUGCGGAAGCUUCUGACAGCAAAUAGCCUAUUGUGGUGAUACAAAUAUCUUUGUUCAAGGCUUAAUUCUGCUGCGUGCUUUUUUUUUUUCUAACAGUGAGGAGGACAUGAAGAAUCAGUAUUUGAUGUUAAAUCCAAACGCGACUGGAGUGUUCAUAGGACCUUAUCCUUUUGGCAUAGAUCCGGUUAGUGUUCUUCCCUGGAGCUUCCACUGUGUGGCAACGACAACCCUAUAAAGAAAAAAUGGCAGUUUUAUGGUUCUGAAUCAUAGGUCAACAGAUUUACAGCUUUAAUUUUUAUAAAUAUUUCUGUUUGCUAGGAUAGUCCUAUAGGGUUGGCAACUCUUCCUUACUUCUUAAGGAAGUGUACAUGCAAAAGGUGGAGGGUUCAGUCCCUGACAUUUCUGGGUGGGUCUGGGAAGAAAGUUAUGCCUGAAACCCUGGAGAGCUGCUGUCAGUAGAUCAGAAAUGGAGAAAAUGUGGCCCUUCCAGCUCUUGCUGGACUCUACCUCCCAUAAUCUUUUUCCAUUGACCGUUCUGUUUGCGGCUGAUGUGAGUUGGAGCCCAACAACACCUAGACGGCCACAGGCUACUCAACCUUGGCAUAGGCAAUACUAGCUGGACCAAGGGCCUGUUUCUGGGAUAAGGCAGCGCCCUGCGUUCCUACCAGCUUUGUCCCACAGAAGGUAGCUGAUUAAAGGCACUAUGUGCUAUUUUUGUGAACCUUCCCCCCCCCCCCGCCCAUGUUCAUGUUCCCUAUACCUGGUCACCUCCCACCCUUGUCAGGAGAGCCACUUAGUAACGCCUUUUUCUCAUUUCAGUUUGCCCCCUUGGAACCUCUCCCUCAAAGAAUUCUCAGCAUGGUCCCACCUUGCUGUCUCCACUGUAGCAUGGUUUUCCAUUUCAAGGAUAUUAUCCUGGGUGUCCCAUGUUUUCUAACUUGCAAGAGAACUAAAGUGUGUUUGUAAAAGAGCUACAUGGGGUUUCUUGCUUACCUUGCAUACAGGAAUGCUGGAGAAGGACUCCAUACUGUGCUCUAUGAAUCAUUGCUUGUAGUUAGAAUCUGAGCCAAUAUCUCAUUCCUCUUCCUCGGUUAAGUCUGAUUCUAUCUGCCUCCUCUCUCUCUUACCAGAUUUGGAACCUGGCGAACAAUCGUCUCAGUUUCUUGAAUUCCUUCAAAAUGAAAAUGUCUAUAAUUAUUGGAGUGACCCACAUGACGUUUGGGGUCAUCUUAGGAGGACUUAACCACUUGUAAGUGUGUGUCUUCACAGGAGAAUUGCAGCAACCAAAAGCAGAACAAAGGCAUAAAUGUAUUUUUAAAAUUCCUGUUCUUAUGAUAAAAUGAAAACAGCUCUACAUAAAGCAACAAGCUGAGGCUUACCAAAUUAUCAAUGACUAUUAGUGCAAACUUUUCCAUGACAAUUACUAUAACCUACAUUCUCCCUCCAGAUUUAUCUUGCUGCUCCAGAUUCAAAGCCUUUGCUGGGUGCUAGGUGUGUCAAAACUAUUUCUCCUUUAGCUGUUAGCAAGUUUAUAUCACUCCUCUGUUGUUUUCCUUCUUAGUUACAUGAGGCUUGGGAAUGUUUGUACUGAGGGUUGUAAUGAAUUGAUAAGUCUUGAGAAGAUUAAUUUUGAGGUUUGGGAUUUUUGAAGGUAUAUAUUUAUGUGGUUUUAAUUGGUGGUUGUUGAAAACUAUCAGUUUAUCCAGGACAGUUGUGUACAGUGGAGGUUUGAGGUGAAUUGCUUUGCUCUCCUCUGAAAUUUUAUAUGUAAGGAUCAAAGCUUAUUGGUGAGUAUCAGCUUGUUGUGUUUUAUGUACAGUGGGUUUUUUCUGGGCUAUUAAUAUUUUUAUUUUUUAUAGAUUUAUUGUGCUUGGGUUCUUUGUUAAAUAAGGUCUCCACUGAAAACCUUUGUGUUGAAACACUUUGGGCAUAUAUUGAAAUAUACAGUCAAGUAUAGGAUUUGGCCUAGUAAAUGUUUAGUGUUUGUAUAUAGGAUAAUUAUUUCAUUAUAAUAAAUAAUUCUGUGUUUUCAAUACACCAGUUCCUUAGCGCUGUUGUUUGUUGAUAGUUUUUUGUGUGUGCUUCAGUUGUUUGCAACAAUUUGGUAUGCCUUUUUAUUCGAGGUGGGAAUUUCUUGGAAUAACUUUUAUGUAUAACCUAUUUUUAAAAAUCAAGUUGAUGAACAAGCGCAGCUAUUAUUCAAGAUCUAGCCUACUGUUUAAGGCUCCCUAAAGCUCCCUAGCUAGUAGGGAACCUUAUACAUGACCUUACUCUAUUUUUUAACAUUAUUAUUAUUAUUAUUAUUAUUCUGUCCAUCUGACUGGGUUGCCCAAACCACUUUGGGCAGCUUCCAGCAAAUUAAAACAUCAAACACAGUAAAACAUCAAACAUUAAAAACUUCCCUAUACAGGGCUGCCUUCAGAUGUCUUUUAAAAGUCAGAUGGUUGUUUAUUUCCUUGACAUCUAACGGGGGGGGGGGGUCCACAGGAGGAGCAUGACCUACUCUGCUCGCUUCCCUGCUCCUAACACCUUUCUUUCCAAGACAUCUAUCCUGUGGCUACAAAUGGCAAAGAACAGUUUUCUCCUAGGUCUGUAAGUAGCAGCUUAUCCAACAUUGCAGAAGAGAGUUGCUGGGCAGUAAAUGUCUUGGCAUUCAUUUUUCAGAUCAGAGAUGGGGUAACUGUACUCCUGUUGUUGAGUUCCAACUUCCCAUAUCAUGGCCCAGUGGUCAGGGAUGAUGGGAAUUGUGGUCUAACAUCUGGAGGUUGCUUCUUUUUUCUUGGCAUAGACAGUAUAUUUAUGUAUGUAUAAGCUUUCUCUGUAAAGCUGAUUUCCACUUUGAAUACAAAAAAUGAAACGAAAUCCACCUUUUUUCUUAUUCCACCAGGCAUUUCAGGAAGAAGUACAAUAUUUAUUUGGUGUUCAUUCCUCAACUUCUGUUCAUUCUUUCCAUCUUUGGAUACCUGGUUUUUAUGAUCAUCUAUAAAUGGUUGGCUUUUAGCGCGAAGAACUCUGAGACGGCUCCCAGCAUUUUGAUUUUGUUCAUUAACAUGUUCCUAUUUCCUAAUAAGAGAGAACCACACAUCUUUUUCGAAGGACAGGUUGGUAAGCCUUAUAAUCUGAAAGAUAGUCACAGAAUUCCUUAUCUUUGCCUGUCUCCGGUCUUGCAGUUCAGGGUUUCCUAAAGAGAAAGCAAAACACACAACUCUUCUGCUGCAUUGAUUUCAAAGGAAUAGUUAGGCAUGUACUUAAAUUUCCUUAGUUGAAAUGAACAGGUCUUUAACAGUACCUAAUUUAGGUUGCUUAAAUGUAUCUUUUCUAAUGUGGCUGAAGGUGUGGGGAGUGGAGCCACUUUGGGGUAUAUGUACUGUGAAUGUGCAGUAGUUACUGAAUUUUGGGAAGAGUUAGGUUAAAGUAUUACAGUGGUACCUCUGGUUGCGCACAGGAUCUGUUCCGGAGCUCCGAUCAGAUCCUGAGGAAUUCCCAACCAGAGGUGCCGCUUCUGCGCAUGCGUGUGGCGUGGAAGAGCGCUUCUGUGCAUGCGCACGGGGCGAAAGCUGGAAAAAUACUUCUGGGUUUGCCGCAUUCGCAUCCUGAAGUGUGUGUAUCCAGAGGUACCACUGUACUUGGUUCUAGGCAUGUAUGGAAGAUAGUCUUUUCCUGUGCUGGUAUUGUUGGCAUCCAUCUGUCUCAGGAGACGAUGGAAGUCAAACCACUGCGUUAGCAACACCAAAGUGACCUCCCUGCGGUGCAAGCCUGGGCAGUGUGCAUGUUGGAAUUAGGAGGCAUCUUUUUGAUUCUAGAGAAAGGAAUAAAAUGUUCUGAUAAGAGCAACACUUCUUUUCAGUAUUUUCAGUAUUGCAUAAAUGAAAAGAUAAGACUAAAUCAGAAGUUAUUUUGUGGGCGCAGUGGCCUGGGAUGAAGUGGCAUAUGAAAGUUGUGGCAUGGAAGAAAAAGCAUAAAUGUGGAAAUAUUGUAGUGAUGUAUGCAAAGUAUAAACAAGGCAAUAUUAAUAUGUGGUUUCCCCACAUUUUUCUCUUUGCUGUUCUUUCUGCACUGAUUUGGUUUUUGUCUUUGUUGUGUGUAUGGAGAUGCAAGUGGAUGCUUUGAAAGGAAGAGAGGCAGUUGGAGAAAUAUAUGGAAUUGAACAGACAGCCAUACAAAAGUGUUCAUUUUAGGGCUUGUAACCCAGUUUUUAAAAAAUCUUCAAAUGCAGUCCUAAAUACACGUAUUGAGAAGUAAACCACAUGGAACACAGUGAAUUCUGAAUAAGCAUGCAUAGAACUGAAUCAUCAAUGCAUAAUCUCAGUUUUCAGUUAACUGAUAAAUUUUUACAUGUGUUGCAGGAGGCAUCAUAUUAGGAAAGUCAUUUCGUCCCCUCCCUUUUCUAGGAUGGUAUUUGCCAGCUGCAAUUUUAACACAACGUUAACUCUUUUAUUAAAAAAAAUCUGCCUGAUUAAUAUGGUCACCUUGGCAGGGGAUCAGAAGGGUUCUUUUGAACUAUAAAUAAAUGUUGUGGCCUUACUUUUUUAUGGUAUUAAAAUUGAUAAAGUAUGAAAAGAAACCCCAAUUCCAAACUGGCAUUUAAGUCAGUUGUCAUGCAAAUCCUUUUCCUGCAAAGAAUUGAUGCCCAUCUGAAUCCUUUCAGGAAUGUAUAUGCCAAAGGUGGGGAACCUGUGGUCCUCUAGGUGUUGUUGGAACCAAGUCCCAUUAGCUCUAUUCCCAGCAUUCAGGGAUUGUGGGAGUUGUAGUUUAGUGAUUCCUGGAGAUGUCCACAGAUUCGCCACCCUUCUGGGCACUGGGGGACCUGUCGCAUUCUGAGGCACGGCAGUUGCCAUUAGGAGAGUUUUAGUGGUUUUGUGUAGGGAGGAGGGAAUCAGCCUCCAUAUAAAACAACUUUGUCUUUUUUGCCUCCUCUCUUUCAAAACAGAUGGUUCUACAGAAAUUUCUCCUGUCUGUUGCUGUACUUUCAGUUCCAGUGCUGCUUUUUGGAAAACCACUUUAUUUAUACUGGUUGAGCAAUGGAGGCCAAAGCAUUGGGGCAUACAGAGUAUGUAUUGGAAAUAACUGCCUAUGGUAGCAUGUGUGUUAUAAGAUUGGCAAAAUCCUUCUUCCAAUUAAAUGUAUGUUCUCUGAAUUAGUUUGAUGGCUCUGUAAACACAUGUUCUUUUUGGUUAAGGGGCAAGGAAAAAAGGAUAAGAAUAAAACCAUUUUGUUACAGAAAAGGACAUAUAUAUAUGUUUCCAAGCCAAAAGUAAUAAAAUGAAGUUCUGUAACAGUGUAGCCCAAUUGACCAGCCUAUGACUACAGGCAGAGGUUGCGUUCCCGGGUAUCGCACUCAUAUGUGAUAUCAUGUAUAGUGGGGAUCACCGUCUAAAAGCCAAACUACUCUAAAAACCCACCCAACUUCACCACAAUAGUCCUCUCCAAAUCUCCUUUCUCAAACUCCAACUCUCCACAGCCUGAAAUAUCAGUGCAAAGGGUCAUAGGAUUGCUAACCAUUUUCUUGCUCUUUUUGCACCAUUUUGGCCAUUUCCCCACUGUUUUUGGGCCAUUUUUGCCUUUUUUGUGGCUUUUUGCUGUUUAAAUUGAUUUUAUUUAUUUCCUGGCACUGUGCAGGUGCGGUCACGCAUGUGUUAAACGCAUGAAAGUGGGGAGACACCUGUAUUAUUAUUAUUAUUAUUAUUUUAUUAAAAAAGCAAGGAUUGCCAAGCUGGCCCAGGUAUUGACAUGACCCUUACCGGUUGUUGAUCUUGUGAACAGUCAUUCUGCUGUGAGGCUGUUUUUGGCCCUUGAGGUCUUGCUAAGUUGUGCCACUGGGAGGGUUCCCUAAAGUGCAGCUAAUUCUUCCUCUUCACACACUAUAAAAGCAACCUUAAUUCAGUAGAGGGUUGUGGGUAGAGUGUGUUUCAGCUCUCAAAAAUUUGGGUAGCACUGAGAUAGAAAUACAGAAGGCUUCAUUUCAUUUUAAAAAGUUGGUCACCUUUCUUGAGAACGAAAUCUUUAGCACUUGGGUUUUUGUGGGGCUGGUGGAGAUGGCUUGCAUGGUUGCUGUAAUCCAGCUUGGGCCGUUGAGGUGGGGUGAGUGAUACAAUUCAAUUUUUUAUUUUAAAUUCUCCAGAAAGGCUACCGGUUAGUACGAAAAGAAAGUGAAGAAGAAAUUGCUCUGCUGAGAACUCAUGAUAUUGAAGAAGGAAGCAGCUCUUUGGACCACAGGCACAAAGAUGAGGAGAAAGAAGAGGUAGAUGUGUGUGUUUCGCAGACACUGCCUGUAGUUUGGAGCUAUGUAAAAGGAAUCCUCUCAGUGCAGCACAGGGCGUGUUCGCCUUCCCCUUCAGUUUGUGGUGUUAUAUUUCUUUCGGAGGGACGCGGGUGGCGCUGUGGGUUAAACCACAGAGCCUAGGACUUGCUGAUCAGAAGGUCGGCGGUUCAAAUCCCCGCUACGGGGUGAGCUCCCGUUGCUCGGUCCCUGCUCCUGCCAACCUAGCAGUUCGAAAGCACAUCAAAGUGCAAGUAUAUAAAUAGGUACUGCUCCGGCGGGAAGGUAAACGGCGUUUCCGUGCGCUGCUCUGGUUCGCCAGAAGCGGAUUAGUCCUGCUGGCCACAUGACCUGGAAGCUGUACGCCGGCUCCCUCGGCCAGUAAAACGAGAUGAGUGCUGCAACCCCAGAGUCGGCCGCGACUGGACCUAAUGGUCAGGGGUCCCUUAUUUCUUUCGGAAGGACUACCCCCCUUUGUGACUUGUAUGCAUUUAUCAGCAAUCUGGAAGACUGCAAAAUGUGCACAGGCCACCUACAGGAUGCUGGCUCUUAUUUCAAACCCCUCCUCAAAACGCCCUUUUUAGGGUGUCCUGCACCCUGGCAUUUAAAUUAAUGCAUAUCCCCCUGCAUUUACCCUUGCCCAUAAAUCCCUUCCUCUCCCUGUGUUAAAUUUUAGAUUGUAAGCUCCUUGGGGAAGGGACCUGUCAUCUUGUAAUUUGAUACUGUGUUGUGCUGGGCUUAUUGAGGGUGCUUUCUAAAUAUCCCCUAGAAAACUUCUAGCAAUAGUUUUUUCAAAUGUUCUGCCUCCAGAGAGCCUUUUCAUGCUGAGUUGACUACUCUAGAACUACUGCGUAUUGCAGAGGAUUCAGGAUAGUGUUGCAUGAUUGACACAGCAUGCUGUGAAGCCUCUACGGUCCCAUGCAUGGAGUAUGUGCCUAAGAUAAAACCUAAUGCUUCUCUGUGCUUUUUUGGGGCAGUGAGGGUAAAAACAAGGGACGUGGGUGGCGCUGUGGGUUAAACCACAGAGCCUAGGAUUUGCCGAUCAGAAGGUCGGCGGUUCGAAUGCCCGCAACAGGGUGAGCUCCCGUUGCUCGGGCCCUACUCCUGCCCACCUAGCAGUUCAAAAGCACUUCAAAGUCAAGUAGAUAAAUAGGUACCACUCUGGCAGGAAGGUAAACGGUGUUUCUGUGCACUGCUCUGGUUCACCAGAAGUGCCUUAGUCAUGCUGGCCACAUAACCCGGAAGCUGUACGCCGGCUCCCUUGGCCAAUAAAGUGAGAUGAGCGCUGUAACCCCAGAGUCGCCCAUGACUGGACCUAAUGGUCAGGGGUCCCUUUACGUUUACAUUAAGGGUAAAAACUGCCCAAGGAAUACCAGUUAAAAACACCAUAGAGCAAGUUCAGACAGGCUGACUGAGACGUGGCAACGCACAUUACUGUCUACACUGGCUGGCAACAGCUCUCCAGGAUUGUAGGCAGGAUUUUCUCCCAGCCCUAUUUGGAGAUGCUGGCGAUUAAACCUGGGACCUUCUGCUUGGUCCUUCCUGAUACCCAACAAAGUCAUGCUCUGUAGGCCUGUCGAUCUCAGUGGGUCUACUCUGAAUAUGACUAGCACUGGAGACCACCUACUGAAAUGAAUUUGAUGUGUCCCGGGAAUUCUAAAGUACAUCUGUAUGUUUACAUAUUAUUUUGCUUUAGUUUAACUUUACAGAUGUAUUCAUGGAUCAAGCUAUCCAUACCAUUGAAUACUGUCUAGGAUGCAUCUCCAACUCUGCUUCAUACCUCAGGCUCUGGGCUCUCAGUUUGGCCCAUGCGCGUAAGUAUCCUGCAAGCAGUCUCAAACGCUCUUAUUUUCUUGUUCCCACCUUGGUUCUUUAGGAGUCUCUCCCCCCCCCCCCCGCUUUUGAUUUUAAAACAAAUAUAAAACGUAUUUAAUUCUAAUGUGCAUAUUCAUUGUUCAGACAUAAUAAAAAUUGGUUUCCUACUAUGUGAAUGGAUUGCAUGAAUUCAACUAUCCCUUCUCCUCUUUCCAUUCUGCAAGGAGAUUGGAAGCAUCCAUUUUCAGCUUUAAACUAUAAUCAUUGUUCCCUAUAAUGUAUGAACUUGGAGAACUGUGGUAUAUUGAAGCUGUGGUUAGUAAAGAGGUCAGAAUCUGAAACCAUGGUUUGACCUCAGCUUUUUUUUACAUAAGUUUUUAUUAAAAUAUUUUUCAUGAGUAUCAAAAGUAUAUUCAGUAUCUGUGUUCAAAUGCUAGAGUUCAAAUCAUACGGUUCAAUUACAUUCAGCAUGAUACAUUGUUGGUAUGGGCAGUAUUGGGUUGAAGGUGAAGAAGCAAACUGCAUUUCCCUAAAUUUAGACACCAUAGGAAAUACACUUAACUUAAAAGCGGAAGCAAAUCUUCCAGUCUCGCCAGUAUGAAGUGGGGACAACAGAUCAUGCAAGCUAAGAGUUUUCCACAACUCAUCCACAUAGUCCAAAGCCAUAGUUUCCUGUUUUGUCUGAACAGGGCAUGAUUAAGGUAUUACAUCUUCAACUGCUUUUAAUAAUGAGAAAUGUGUCCCUGGCAAAAUUACUUGUCCUUUAGGCAUGUCAUGUGGUAAAGUAUUAAAAAGCAGGAUUUGGGACAGUUUAUUGUGUUUUUAUUUUUAGAAUUAUCGGAAGUCCUCUGGGCAAUGAUCAUGAGAGUGGGCCUUCGCGUGGAUGCGACUUAUGGGAUCAUCCUUCUGAUACCAGUUUCAGCCUUAUUUAUGGUUCUAACUAUAUUCAUUCUUUUAGUCAUGGAAGGUCUUUCUGCCUUUCUACAUGCGGUACGACUUCACUGGUAUGUGUGUUCCUUUUAAUAUAUACGUGUGUGUGUGUGUGUGUGUGUGUGUGUGUGUGUGUCUUGCUAGCAAAACAUUUUGGAUUUUUUAAUUAAAAAAUGUAAAGCUUAAUUUUUAUUUUUAUUUUUAAAGUAAAUGAAUCCUUUAUUGACAUUAAGUAUGUUCCACUUGAAAGUAAUUAUUCAUUGUGGAUACGAUUCAGAGCAUGUUUGCCUAGCAGUUUUGAACGGGGUCUGUGUGAUUGCCUUUAUCUUAAUGUAGUGCUUUUCUUUUUACAGGGUAGAAUUUCAGAACAAGUUCUACGCAGGCGAAGGAUACAAGUUCACACCUUUCUCCUUUCAAGACAUUUCUUUACAUUGUAAUAGAUACAUUGCAUAGUUUGGCUGCUGUAGUCGGUACGUCUCUAGAGUUGUUUGAAAAUAAUCAUGUACCUAUUUGUCAUUCUUGUACAGUUCAUUGUAGAAAAGAAAAACACUGAUUGCCUUACAAUGCAGCCAAAUAAUUUUGUAAUAUAUAACCUCACAUUUGGAUUUUGCUAACGUGGAUUUCUGGUAAAUAGUCACAAAAAUGUCUGUGUUUUCCAGUCAUGAGCACAUAUAAAUUGAUUUUAAAACUGAUUCUAAAUAUCUCAUUGCUGCUUUUAAAAAUGCUGCAGGUAUUUUUAAGAGCAGUUUGUUUUCUUCUGUAAACCCUUACAGUGCAUCCGAUAUGCCCUUAACUGGAAGUAAGCCCCAUUGAACCUGAGUUCAGUACUGAAAAAUGCCUUGUCAUUCCUGUUAGUACUACUGCACCUUCAUGAUUACUCAUAGCUCAGAAAAUCAGGCAGCAGCUGAGAACGAAGUUGCUUACCUUUCAGUAUUUACAGGAAACUAUUAAGACUUUGUUAUGCAGUCUAAUACAUGGGCUAAGAUAUUGUUUAAAAGCUUUUUGCCUCUGGUUUCAGCAAGAGCUAUGCUAUUUUUUUGCCAUUGCACAUCCUACAUUUUGAAUAUAAGAGGAAGGAUUUGAAAGCCAUGCCAGCUUUUGGAUUCACUAAAAAACUUGGAAGCCUGUGGCCUUGAAUUUUUUAAGGAAAUGCCUGUUAAGUUGACCAAGGAGCAAGUUAUAGGGGCUCACAGUGAUUCUCUUCCAAUAUUGCUACCUGAAAUUAUUUUGCAAGGUAUUAAAUAUUCUAAUUUAACUCCUGGUGGAACUUAAACUUCAUUUGCUUAAAUGAAAAAAAGAUUCCUUGAAAUUAAGUAUAUGCUUAUGUAAGUUUCUUCAGUAUUGCUGUCUGGAUAUCCCCAUACCUUUUGUUCAGUGUUGAAUGGCAAACUACCUGACUUAGAACAAGUUCUUAGAAAACAAUUACACACUCCAUUUAUGCACAUCAUUCCAUUGCUGGAACUUAAUACUUGCAAAAUCAGGUUCUAGUUUAAUUUUGUUUUUGACACAGCAGUGAAUUUGAAUUAAACUUGUUUAUACUCGGUGAAGACAGCUACCUUUUAAAAGUUUUUUUUAAUUUCAAAAUGAAAAUGGAGGUAUUUCACCUUACCGAGUUUUAUAAUUGCCAGCAGAAUAAAUCUAGCCUUCUUUCAUAUUCAUCGUAAAUAAAAGCUAAUCACUCAUUUUGAGAACAAACAUUGUGCCUGUUAAAUUGUAGCUCGCAAUGAAUUAUGAUGGUGAUGAUUUAAACCUCUGGGGAACCAAGCUGUGGGGGAAAUGAGGAUAUGAGUCCCUAGAGAAAAUGAUUGGAUGAGAAUGGGCGAAUACCAGAGUUGGGAGGAGAACUAUUAUUGUAGGGAUGGUGGCAGGAUGAGAGUGGGUUGUACUGUUCAGGAAAUAUAAUCAUUACAAUGGAUACAAGAGACUGCCCAGUAAAAAAUAUCACAUCCUUAGAUUAAUGUAGUCUGGAACCAUUCUGGUGUAACACCUUAAUGGUUAAAUUCUCCCUUGUCACCCAUGAUAAUCUACUGAAGAAAUGGAAGAAAAAGAAUGGGCUACUCUGGUUGUGAGUAGAGGUGGAUGGUGUCUUCAAUGCGUGUGUGUGUGUGUAAAACUUAUUGAGUUUGGAUUUUUGGAUUUGAUAUUCCGCCUUUCACUCCCUUUAAGGAGUCUCAAAGCGGCUAACAUUCUCCUUUCCCUUCCUCCCCCACAACAAACACUCUGCGAGGUGAGUGGGGCUGAGAGACUUCAGAGAAGUGUGACUGGCCCAAGGUCACCCAGCAGCUGCAUGGGGAGGAGCGGGGAAUCGAACCCAGUUCACCAGAUUAGGAGACUACCGCUCUUAACCACUACACCACACUGGCUCACCACACUGCACACCACACUGUGCAGAAAAAGGGGUCUGGGUUAAAGGCGGAUCUACAAUGGAUCCUCAUGGAUCCUCCACUUUUUAAAAAAUAACUCCCAACAAAUCCAGUGUCAAAACACAUCUGGAAGGCACGCCUACAGACUGGACUAUAAAAAACGUGGAUCCAACACAGCAGCACCACAAAAACAUGGAUCCUCAUGAAUUCAUAUGAUUUUUAUAUUGAAACAAAAUAAAAACACCCUGAUACUCUACACCACGUAUUUGUCUAUAGGCAGAACC